AUGUCCAAACCAACUCUCGGCAAGGGUCUCCCCUCACAGCUCAAAAAGUCCUCCCAGGCCCGCCGGGAACCCUCCGGCGGCGCCUACACCAUGUUUACACCCUCCCAGGUGAAGCAGUUCAAAGAGGCAUUCAUGAUGAUCGACCAAGACGGAGAUGGCAAAGUGACAGAGGACGACCUGAAGACCAUGCUUAGUAAUCUCGGCCAAACACCCACGCCAGACCUCCUCCACUCUCUCCUGACUUCCCGUCCCGGCUCUUCCACGACCCCCGGCAAGUCUGCGGACGGCGUCAACUUUACCCAGUUCCUCUCCAUGAUGGGCGAACAUCUCAUCCAGCUCGACCCGGAACAGGAACUGAAAGAAGCUUUCGCGUGUUUCGACGAUGGCGAUAAGGGGUGGGUGGAUGUCAAGGAGAUGCGAAAGUAUCUGGGGGAUAUGGGAGACAGAAUGGAUGAUCAAGAGAUCGAAAGACUAUUCUCUGGUCCCUUUACAGAUAGACAAGGGCGGUUCAACUAUCCCGAAUUUGCCAAGGUCCUGCGUGUCAACGACGGCGACCCUGAACGCAGUGACAAGCUCGACACCUAG